AUGUCGUCGAUCGAGAAAUUCCUGGCGCAACAGCCGCUCAUCGUCCACUCAGCGCUCGCGCAGCUGCGAUACCUCGUGCUGAGCGAGGGGAUUCCGGCCUCCUCGGACAAAACCGUCGGCCGGCUGCGUUGCAACGUCUGGUCCGUGCUUGCAAGAUGCUCCAUGGACAGCGCGACUUCGGACUACGUCCUCCUGGUACGGCGCGGGCCGCCACCCUCUCCGGUUUACUCCAAGAUCAAGAACGACACUUUCCGAACCCUCAACACAGAUGCGCGUUUCGUGGCCCGCGUGUCGGAGGACGCGAUCACCAGGUGUCUGUGUGCGUUCUCAUGGGCCGUCUUAGACGCUGGCGACCAGGACUCCAAUUUGAGCACUUAUGUGCAAGGUAUGAACGUGCUUGUCGCUCCCCUGCUAUAUACGUGCCCCUCAGAGCCAAUGGCAUUUCGGCUUUUCCGAACGCUUUGCCAAGGCCACAUCCCCACGUAUUUAGACUCUAGUUUGACCGGGGUGCAUAACGGAGCAAAGCUUUUGGACAUCUGCGUCAAGAUUGUGGACCCAAAGCUUAGUAAUUUCCUCGCUGACAACUUGCUUACAGCAGAAAUUUAUGGCAUUCCGUCCAUCUUAACUUUGUCCAGUUGCACAAGGCCUCUGGAUCAGGUUUGCAAAUUGUGGGACUUUAUGUUUGCGUAUGGAUUUCACAUGAACAUCUUGUUCAUAGUGGCACAAUUGGUUAUCAUAAGGGUGCAAAUCAUGAACAGCCGUUCCCCCAUGAAUCUACUACGCCAAUUCCCCGAGUUUGACGCCGAAGAAGUAAUACGUCUCGGCGUCGGUUUCGUCGCCAAGAUUCCUUCCAAAUUUUACGAUCUACUCGUCAGGCACUUGGUAGAUCCUGACCUGGUGAUAGAAUGA